AUGUCAUUAUUAACAAUCGUACCAGUUUAUCGUUUAAAUGCUCAUUUACCGUCAGUUUCACGACGAGCAUCAACAACGUUUACUGAAUUAUGGUUUAAUCCAUUCACACCAAUAAUAGAUCACAGUGAACAAGUACGAGGCUGGUUACACAAGCCAAAUAAUUUACAGAAAUAUCCAAAUAUAUUAAACUUCGAAAAAUUUCGGGUCGUAUACGAUGUUAAUGGAUAUAAUCAAGAUAAGUUGAAGUUUUAUAUCGAAAGUGGUUCAUUAACAAUUUCAGCUGUUAAAGAUGGUGAAGAUUCUUUAGGAGUCGAAAAGAAAGUCGGAAUACCACCGAAUAUCGAUAUUGAAACAAUGGCUGCAUAUAUUACACAACAUAAUCAACUAAUUAUUGAUAUACCUCUCAUAGAAAAUGAACAAAAACCACCACUGGACGAACGUCGUCUGUCAUUUAGUAUGCAGAGAACUACCGAUAAUCAGCAUAUAGAACAGGCAAAUGAUCAUUCAAAAAACUUAAUUAUUAACAUACCAGAUAGUUUUAUACGAAGCGGUAAAAUGUUAACAAUACAAAAACCUUUGGAUACAACGGGACAUCAUCAACCAUAUUUAAUUCGAUAUAAUCAAGAUUUAUGCCUGUUGGAUAGCCAAUAUCAUCCAACUAUAACAGCUGCAACGAGUUUUCAUGAUCAACCAAUGGCUAAUAAUAAUAACAUUAAAAUUCAGAUUGAAUUAUCACCUGAAACAUUAAGGAAUGGUAAAACAGUCACAUUUCAGCGACCAACAAAUAAUCCACAAGAAACAAAUUUUCAGAUUCCAUCAAAUCUGAUUGAGAAUGGUAAAACAAUUCAUAUACAAAAUAAUCGUAUUAUAUCCGAGGAACAACAACAUCAUCACUUAAAUGAGAACCAAUUUGCAAAGACAGAUCAUCUAAAAGCAAAAAAUAUGAUGGAGUUAAAUAUUGAAAUACCAUCAGAAUUGUUAAGUAAUGGACAAACAAUAACAGUUGGUGGAGAAAAGCUUAGUAUUGACGAAGGUCAUCACCAAACACACCACAAUGACUCUCAGGUAUGUUAUAUAUAAAUUGUUCCAUCAGUGUACACAAAUACCCCAUGCUGCGUUUACACUGAAAGUCGUGCGCGAGUGAACCUCUACCCAUAACAGAAGCCCAUGUAGUCGUUCAUGUUGUUCGCAAAACUCAAAACUGCAAGAGUAUUCUUCUAUUGACGUCAAGUUUUUCCUCACCGUUCAUGACUAGAAUUAAGUUAUUUUUAUAUUCUAAUAAUGACUUUUUACAGCUGUUUUCCUUUUUUCGUUUGAGAACUUUUCCAUCUCUUUUCGAACUUUACUGUUUUUCUUUUCGUUUCCAAUAAAGAUACAUAACAUCUUUUAGUAAAACAUAACAAUUAUUUGAGAUGUUACAAAAAAACCUUAUCAUUUCAAUCUGGUAACAGUUUUAUUUUCUACUGGAAAAAGUAUUAAGUACCGUUUACUUCAAAUUAGUCGAUUUUUUGGUAGUAGAAUUUACCUUGUUUACUUCCUUCGAUUCAUUAUUGAAUCCGGUAUCUAUUUUAUUGUUUUUGGAUCAAAACUGUAACCGGCAACUGUUUUCAGCAUUAUUUUGUUCUGAUCCGUCCAGGUAUACUCUAAUUGUCGAAAUUGUUUUUAAAAAUCCACACUUUUUAACGUCUUUUUCCACGCUGUAUAAUUAUUUCCUUUCAAAAAAUACAGCAGAAAUAAAAGACCAUGGCUUGCGGUUCACAAACGUUAGGCCUGUGUUCUAUGACUGAUAGGGGUUUAAGGUGAAAUUUUCUGGAUAAGUUACCUGUAAUAAAAAGUUUAUGAAUAGAGCUUUUAUAUUAUUGUUAUACCUACUGUUAUUAUUAUUAGCCAUUGGUUG